AUGGGGGUUCAGUCACAAAUCAAGAGUGUGUUAAUCACGGGAUGCAGUCCCGGUUCUAUUGGUGAAGCUUUGGCAAAGGAGUUCCUCCUCCAACCUGAUUUCGCGGUCUGUGCAACAUCGCUGCCAGGCGAAGAACUGCCAGAACUCGAAGUACUGGGUGCGACAUGCUACCCAGUCGAUGUGACUUCUAGCGAAAGCGUGAAAGCCUUGAAAGAUGCGGUGGUCGACAAUCUGGGUGACGAUCUUGACAUCCUCAUCAAUUGCGCAGGAAUGAACUACGUUAUGCCAGCUCUCGACGUGGACGUCGAUGAGCUCAAGCGCAUUUUCGACGUUAACCUCUUCGGACUCGUCCGGACCGUUCAGGCUUUUUCUACGCCUCUGAUCAACCGCAAGGGGCUGAUUGUGAACGUCGGAUCUCUGGCUGCCUAUGCACCAUAUGUCUUUGGGUCAUCCUACAAUGCCAGCAAGGCAGCUCUUCUGGCUUAUGGCAACACUUUGCGGAUAGAAUUGAGCCCCUGGAGCGUGCGGGUGAUGACUAUCGUGGCCGGACCAGUGGUGAGCGGCUUGAUGACGCGGAAGGAAAGGAGACUUCCCCAAGACUCGAGAUACCAGCCCAUCGCGGAGGCCUUCGACCAGCGAACCACGCACGACAAGCACGGGGUUCAAGCAAUGGCCACCAAGGAGUUCGCCCAGUCUGUUGUCAAACAGGCGUUGAAGUCUAACCCGCCCCGUUCAUAUUGGAUUGGGCCGUUCGCGAACAUGGUUUGGUGGCUGGAGACACUGGGACUGGCUUCGGUCUGGUCUUGGUUCUUCAGGAAAAGGUUCCAAUUGUGGAAGUUGGACCAAAAGUAG